AUGCCAAAGAGAGCACUGUGGAAAACUGAAUCUCAAGCAGCAUUAAAAUGCAAAGAAAACCAAGGCAGCAAUCAAAAACCUAUUAGUUCCUCUGGAAAUCCCCAAAACUCUUCUUCCCCAUCGACUUACAGAUAAAGAAGAUGAAAUUAGGAAAAGAGUUUUGAGUUGGACAAAAUAUGGAGUAUCUGGAAGAAACGUAUCAAAAUAUUAAGGAGAAUAAUUUUUUAGUUCAGAAAAAGAUGGAAAUAUCUGGAAGUCAGUGGAAAUGAAAAGGUCACUUUGACAGCCAGAUAAGGCAGACCAUAAUGCAGGCCUCGCCCUGUGAGGAAGGAAACUUGAAUCUAUGCUCCAUCCAACAAGGGAUUGAGAGUAUUUUUGGUGUCCCUGAGAAUCCAGGAAUGUCAGUGGUGGAAAAGAUCCACAGAUCUGUCUAUUGUGGGAAAAGCAAAGAUUGUAGAAUUAUGCUCGAGGGGAUCCACACUGGAGAAAAACCAUAUCAGUGUUCCCAAUGCAGCAAAAGCUUUAAUCAGAAUGGCUUCCCAGUUGUUCAUGGAAAAACUCACACCAGAGAAAAGCCCUACGAGUUGUCCCAAUGUGGCAAAAGCUAUAGCAAGCAGGACAAGCUGAUAAUACACCAGAGAACUCACACAAGAGAGAAACGCUAUGAAUGCCCAGAUUGUAAGAAAUAUUUCAGUCAAAAUUCCAGUUUGGCAGUACACCCGAUGGUUCACAUAGGAGAGAAGCCUUUUGAAUGUCCUGACUUUGGGAAAAGGAAUGGUAUUUAGGAGUGGUUGGCACAGCAAGUCAAUAUUCUUUUUAUGCGUGAAGAUUUUGCUCUAGGGUUGUUGUUUUUUAAUGGGGGCAGAGGUUGGCAAUUCCUGGGGAAGGAAAGGCAUGCUUUCCACAAAGCAAAGGCUGGUUAUGGGCAAUGUUCCCUUUAAUUUUUUUUCCAGUGUGGGCGGAAAAGUAUAGUGUUUGAGCGGCUCAUUUUCAUGCCUGAGCA